CUCUUCCUCCUCCCUCUUUCUCUCUUUCCCCCCUCAAUCUCGCAGGGCUCUCCCUCCGACCCUCUCCAUCGCUCUCUCGCUCCCCCUCGACCCCCACCAUCCCUCUGCUCUCUGUCGCCCUCUCGAUUCGUUCCUUCGCUCUUCUCCCCCCUCUGCGCGAGCCAGAUAUUCUCCGGCACCUAGAAACCGUCUUUUUCUCCCUCCCGUCGCCGGCGUCGAGACCUUCGCAGUCGCCGUAGCCCCUUCCGUUGCCCUCGCUGCCAUCUCCCUCGCCGUCGGCCUAAACAGACAGGUGUUCCCCUUAGAAAGGCAUUUUAAGGGUAGAGGAACCGUCAUAUCUUCCAAGGUUGAUAGUAGGCAGUCUGAGGGAAAUUGUGGAACUCCAUCAUCAAGACAAUUCUGAAAGUUGUACGGUCACAAAGUUAACUUCCAUAACAAAGGGUUCUCAGGUUUAAGGUUUGCAGCUGAUUCUGCUGCAAGACUGAGCAGAGGUAAUGUCAAGCACCCAACAGCAAAAACGGCCGCCUCCUUAUGUUCCGUACCGUCUUGCUCAUACAAUGACGAAGCACACACGGGCAGUAUCAUGUGUAAAAUUCUCAAAUGAUGGGCAGUUAUUGGCUUCAUCCUCACUGGACAAAACCAUUGCCAUCUUCUCAGCCCAAACUGGCGCACUCAUUUCACACCUGCAUGGCCACUCGGAGGGGAUAUCGGAUCUUGCUUGGUCAUCUGACUCCCGCUAUAUCUGUUCAGCAUCUGAUGACAAGACUUUAAGGAUUUGGGACGUUGCAACUGCGGAGUGUGUCAAAACCUUGAGGGGUCACACGAACUUUGUCUUCUGUGUGGACUUCAAUCCCCAAACAAACCUCAUUGCGUCUGGUGGUUUUGACGAGACCGUUCGGAUCUGGGAUGUUAAGACGGGCAGAUGCUUGAGGGUUAUUGAUGGCCAUGCUGAUCCUGUUACCUCUGUCAACUUUAUUAGGGAUGGUUCUAUCAUAGUCUCUGGUAGCCAUGAUGGAUCAUGCCGAAUCUGGGAUGCUGCCACUGGUGACUGCCUCAAAACUCUAAUUGAUGACAAGUUCCCAGCUGUUUCCUUUGUUAAAUUUUCUCCCAAUGGAAAAUUUAUCCUUGUUGCCACUUUGGACGAUACUCUUAAACUAUGGAACCACACUACCGGGAAGUUCUUGAAAACUUAUACUGGCCAUAUGAACAGAACUUACUGUGUAUCUUCAACUUUUUCUGUGACUAAUGGUCAGUAUAUUGUUAGUGGGUCUGAGGAUCGUUGUGUUUAUCUGUGGGAUCUCCAAGGAAAGCACAUGGUACAGCGAUUAGAGGGGCACACUGACACGGUGAUAUCUGUGUCCUGCCAUCCUACCGAAAACAAAAUUGCUUCAGCUGGACUAGACAAUGAUAGAACUGUAAGGAUGUGGAUUCAGGGAUGACAGACUGCUGUGAACUGAGUAUGUUAUUUUGAAGCAAAAGAUGUGCUCUCUCUCUCUCU